AUGGCCACUGCAACUGAACGCAUCUCGAACGACAAGGAGUUCGUCUCUGACGCCACUCAACACAACGAGGACCUCGAGCACGCCAACACUCAUGGAACCUAUCUCGACCCUGUUGAGGCCUCUCAUCUCUCAGAAGAGCACCGUCAGUAUCUGCUUCAGAGACAUGGCACGCUGGAACUCGAUCCCAUGCCUACCAUGGGUGAUGCAGACCCAUACAACUGGCCAACCUGGAAGAAAGUCCUAAAUCUCAUCUUCGUGGCAAUCCAUGCGUGCAUGGGUGCAUUUGCAGCCUCAGCCAUUAUCCCAGCAUACGAGAACAUUGCAGAAGACCUUGGUGUUAGCUUGCAGAAAACAUCGUACCUGACAUCACUACAAAUCGCCAUUCUUGGAGGUGCACCGUUGUUUUGGAGACCGCUCUCCACGCGCUAUGGUCGUAGACCCAUCUUCAUCAUAUCCCUGAUUGGCAGUCUGGCAUUCAACAUCGGCUGUGCAAAGAGUACUACUUAUGCAUCCAUGGCUGCUUGCCGUGCUCUUCAGGCCUUCUUCAUCUCGCCACCGAACGCUAUUGGUAGUGCAGUUGUUGUCGAGACUUUCUUCAAGAAAGAGAGAGCGAGGUACAUGGGUGUGUGGACUGUCAUGAUCACGCUCGGCAUACCACUUGCACCGUUCAUUUUCGGAUUCGUCACAUACUAUGAGGGCUACCGAUGGAUUUACUGGAUUCUGGCAAUUAUCAACGGUGUCCAACUAGUCCUCUACUCUCUCUUCGGUCCUGAGACACGCUUCAUCCGUCAUGACAACGCCGAGCAUGCCGUGUCUGGCUUUGCAGCUUUCAAGGAGUCAUACCUCAAGUUUCGCCGUAUCGACCCCACACCUAUCACCGCUAUGGAAUUCAUUUCGCCUCUGCGACUGGCCAAGUACCCUUGCGUCAUGAUCCCUGCCUGCGCCUACGCAAUGGUCUUUCUCUUUGCCUCUGUCCUUACAACCGUCGAGAUCCCACAGCUGUUUGGGGAGAAAUUCCAUUUCAACUCCAAGCAGCUUGGCCUCCAGUUCCUCGGCCUCAUCGUCGGCUCCAUCAUCGGUGAACAGAUUGGUGGUCACUCGAGUGACAUGUGGAUGCGUGCUCGUGCGAGGAAGACUGCUCCGAGGAAGCCUGCACCCGAGUUCAGAUUGUGGCUGAGCUACUUUGGCAUCUUGCUCGCGAUCUGCGGUCUGGUAGUCUUCCUGAUCCGCGUUGAACAGGCUCCUGAGGGCCACUGGAACGUCACGCCUAUCAUCGGUGCCAGUAUCGCUGCGGCAGGCAACCAGAUCGUAACCACGGUGCUGAUCACAUACGCCAUUGAUUGCUACCCUGACGAGGCGGGCAGUAUCGGUGUGUUCAUCACGCUUGUGAGGCAGACAUGGGGUUUCAUCGGACCUUUCUGGUUCCCUGACAUGUUCACCAACGUAGGGCUAGCGCCUAGUGCUGGUGUCGUGGUUGCGAUGUUGGUCGUGGGUUCCCUGAUUCCUGUCGCCUUCUGCCACUGGAAGGGGAAGGCGCUCCACGGCAACAUGAGCAACAGAUUGUAG